AUGCAGUUUAAUAAUAAAGAUCCGACUAUUGAUAUUACAAUUCAAAGUGGAAAAGAUGGAGUCAUCGUACUGAAAGGGCCACCAGAGAAUGCAGCACCUGUGUUAUUAUCAGGUGUAAUCACUUUAACAACAUCGGAGACUGUGAAAGUGAAAUCUGUGUCUCUGAGAUUAACUGGUAGAAUGAAUUAUAAUGUACCGAUAAUACCAGCAAAUCCUCAGAUUGGGUUAAAAGUAUUAACAGUAGAUAAAUGGUUAUAUCAUCAUAAAUGGGAUGAUUUUAAUAUCGAAUCAUAUUUUAAAAGUUUAUAUAAAAAUUAUCAAUCAAAGACUCCCAUUGUAGAUUCAAAGAAUUUAAGAGCAAAUAUUAUUUCGGCUUAUAAUAGUAAUGGGAAAAUGAAAAGACCAAAAUCAACUACUUCAUUAUUAACAUUAAGAACUACAGGAAACAGUUCGAAUAGUUCAAUUAAUAAUAAUAAUGGUAAUUCGGGAACAUUACCAUUUCAAAGAAGAAAAUCACAUACAUUAUUGAAAGGGAAGUAUGAAUUUCCAUUCACAUCCGUAUUACCAGGUGAUAUUAAUGAAACAAUAGAUGGAUUACCAAAUACAAAUGUAAGUUAUUAUUUGGAAGCAAUCAUUGAACGAUCUAAUGGGAAAUCAGAUUUAUAUUGCAGAAAAUACGUAAGAAUUAUUAGAACUAUUACACCGGAUAUUCCAGAGAUUUCUGAAACGAUAAACGUUUCAGAUACUUGGACAGAUAGAAUUUUUUAUUCGAUGUCAGUCGCUGCAAAGACUUUGGCUAUUGGUUCAAAAAUUCCGAUAAACAUAUCUAUUAUUCCAUUGAAAAGUGAAAUUAAAUUGGGAGCCAUUAGAAUAUCUCUUUAUGAAACCGCUGAAUAUUGUUAUAAAGGGAUACGUUCGAAAGUUGAUCGUGUAGUAGCAAGGGUUAAAUUGGAAAACCCAGAAAAGAUGUUAGUGAAAUUGAUGCAUGAUGAUAAGUUUCAAGAGAAAUGGGAACUUGACGUACCUUUUAGAAUCCCUGCAAAUUUAUCUAAAUGUACUCAGGAUUGUCAAAUAGUUAGUGAAGUCAGAGUCACUCAUAAAUUCAAAUUUUCUAUUAAUUUUACAAAUCCAGAUGGUCACGUAUCAAGAUUAAAAGCUAACAUUCCAGUGACAUUAUUCAUUUCUGAAUUUAUUCCCUUAAAAGUUAAAGGAAUGAAAUCAACUACAGAUUUUACUUGCAUAACAAAAGAUAUUAAAAAACAACAUGCCACUGAUGAACCAAAGGAAACAAUAUUUCAAGCAGGUCAUGUUGGUUUAAUAUCUGCCCAAUAUGAUAAUGAAUCAAUAUUACCUGUAAAUGCAUUAAAUGAUUUACUGUCCCCACCAGAAUAUGAAAAUCAUGUAUUUGAUAGAAGAUUUUGUAACGAUUUGGACGUAGAUUCUGCAUUGUUACCUCCACCUUCGGAUAUUGCACCAGAUCUAUUACCUUACGAAGCAGUUGACGAUAAGUUCUUUCCAACGGAUAUAUUAAGAGAUAUUGAUAUGGAUUUAUCUAAUCAUAGAAGAAUGAGUGAUGCAUCGUGUCAGACUAUGCCUGAAAUGCAAUUUUCAAGUUUAGAUACUGCUAUUGAAGAUACUCAGGUUAAUGAAACGAACAUUCAACAACAGAACCAAAAUGAAAUUAUGUCAAACGUGGGGAAUUAUACAUUAUGUAGCACAAACAGUAUUCACUCCUACAGCCAUUCAAAUUUACAAGUCGAUAAUAUUCCAAGUAAUAAAACAAAUAUGAAUCGAUCAGAAACACAUAAUCCACCUCCACCAUCAUAUAUGGAAGAAGAUCACACUAUGCAAAGAGCAAGUGUGAAUACAAUUGUACAAGAGCAUCACCCAAGGAGGUUUAGAUCAAGUUCAUUGGCACAUUAUUUGCCUAUAAUGGAAGCUGUUCCAGGCCACACACCUAACUCAUCUCAAGAUAUAGUAAGAUCUGCACCACGUACUUUCAGAAAUAGAUCUUCGUCUACAUCAUCAAAUAAUCCAUUUUUAAAUGAUAUUAAUAUAACUGAGGCUAUUGACAUAGCCGUUGAAGAAACCAUUCAACGAUUUUCCCGAGUAGGUGACUCGAGUAAUUCAAGAGAUAUAUUUAAUUUACCAACGUCAAAUCAAAUGUUCCACAACAUUUCAGAACCAUUUGAAAAGUUUAAUAAUCCCGAUCGACUUAGAUAUUCUAUCACUGACAAUAUGAACAGUACAAAAGUAGAUUUGAUUCCGAGAAGGGAUCUAUUGAGAGUUGAACCAAAAUUGGAUCAAGUGACUACAAGUUCUAACAAUUGA